AUGGACGGCCCCGCGUUCGUCCUCGCGGACGCGCUGACCAAGCUCCAGGAGGACGACCUGGACAUCGAGGAUGAAGUGUUGGUCGAUGCGCAAGAUGCACAGACGCAGCUUGCGGCCGUCACACGCGUCGUCGAUGCGGUCGCGCACUCGUGCACGGCCGUGCAGGAUGCGGCUACGUUUACGUAUGCCCAGUCGUGCAUCAAGUAUGUGGGUCACCUCGAGCCAGAUACCGCUCACCGUCUCCUCGAUGCGAUUCUCAGUGGAUUCAGUGGUCUCCUUGAUGAGCUGGCCGACACGGAUGCGACCGCCACGAGCGCCCUGGCCGAGCCGCUCGAGCGCUACGCGUUCCUGCUCCAGUGGCUUAUCCAGCUGCUGGAGAAGCACAGGGACACUUUUGCGCGCCCCAAGACGUCUGCGCGCGGUGCGCGCACGGAUGGCGCAUGGUCGUGGGCCGCGUCCCUGCCCACCGUGCUCGGCGUGCUGGCCAAGGCGCUGCGCACCGUGUCGGAGCGCCUGUGGUCCUCUGCUGCAAUGCGCGACACGUUUGUUUCCCGCUGCAUCCUGCGUCCCGUGAUGCUGCUGCAGGAGAACGAGGCGUAUCUUAAAGUGGCGCCCGUCAAGCUGGGCCUCUUCAAGGUGACGUGCCUCGCUGUGAAGCUGCACGGUCAGGCUUUUAAUGUGCAGACAAGCAUCAUGCAGUCACUCCAGUACUACGAACACCUCGCGGAGCCUAUGGCCGAGCUUCUUUCGGUCCUGCGCGUCGAAUUUGACGUGGCACGCCUUGGCGAAGAUGUGCUCCGCGAGCUCGCCGCCAAGUCGUUUACCGGCCUCGACUCCAAGAGCCCCCGCAGCUAUGGACGCUUCCUCGUGCGUAUGGCUGAGUUGAAUCCACACAGCGUGCUGAAACAGAUCAGCCUGCUGCAGAAGCACCAGGACAGUGAGUCGUACCCAAUGCGCAAUGCGAUGAUCGAGGUACAGGGACUGCUCAUCAAGAGUCUCGCGCUGCAUCCGGAUCUCGGCGCCACAGACGUUCCAGCAGAUGGCGACGACGAUACGCCUGCGCAUCGCAAGCAGAUCGAUGCGUUCUUCGAGCGCCUGCUCGAGCGAUUCCUCGAUGUCACAACGUUCGUGCGCACCCGCGCCGUCCAGGUGUGCAACGGACUUUGUGAUCUACCAGCCGCAUUUCCAGCGCAGCGCCUGCGCAUGACAGAGCUGGCCGUGCAGGCGCUCGAGGACAAAAGUAGCCAUGUGCGGCGCCACGCAAUCCUCCUGCUCGUCAAGCUCAUUCUCACGCACCCGUAUGGCGCCCUGUAUGGCGGCGAGCUCAGUAUGGACGCGUGGUCAGAGCGCCAUGCAGCUGUUCAGUCACGCCUCGAGCAGGCGGAGGCGGUACUGACGCGCCCCCUCACCGACGAAGAGGGGACUGCCGAGGCUGACGUCUCCCAGUCGGACCUUGCGCCACCGGCCAUGUCGUCCGCGGACCAGGAGCAGCUCGUUCAGCUGCGGCUUACACACACGUAUUGCACGGACGCGCUCAAGUUCAUGACGUGCCUUGAACGCGGUGUGCCGAUCCUCGUUCAGCUGCUCGCCUCGACGAACAAGGCCGAGGUGCUUGCGAGUAUGGAGUUCUUCCGCGUCGCAUACGAGUACAAGAUCCACGGCGCCAUAGACGGCGUACGGGCUAUGAUUCACCUGAUCUGGACCAAGGACCAUGCGCUCGUGAUGGACGAUGGCAGCCAGCUAAAGGGCGUGCGCAGUCGUCUCAUUGAAGUGUACCGUGCGCUGUACUUUGAGCCACAGGCAGGUGCGCCGCCCGCCGAGAAUACGGCGCGUAUUGCGCGGAACAUGAUUGAGCGCACGUUUGGCGCGACCUUGGCCGAGCUCACAAGUCUCGAGCAGCUGCUCAGCGUCAUGCAUGGCGAGGGCCUCGUGGACCGUGCCGUCAUUGAUACGCUCUGGGACGUGUACGCGACAACCCGGCCCAUCGCGCGUGCUCAGCGGCGCGGAGCGAUCAUGGUCCUUAGCAUGCUGGCCAAGGCGGACCGCGGCAUUGUGGCAGACCACAUCGAUACCCUCCUGCGCAUCGGGCUCGGCCCCUUCGGUGCCAAGGACCUGCUUCUCGCGCAGCAUACGUGUAUCGCACUGCAGCGUGUCAGUGGCAGUGCAAAGAAGGUCAAGGGCGCGCUCUCUGACUCCAAUGUGCGGUACCCUAUGUCGCACCCCAUGUUUGCGCGUCUGCGCGCGGUUGUCAUCAUGCCCGGCGAGGCGACGGGAUGCGAUGCAGCAUGGUUCGGCGUCGCGGAGCAUGCGAUCGAGGCGAUAUACCUGUUGGGCGAACAGCCCGAUGCGCUGUGCACGGAGCUUGUGCGGCACAGUACCCUGCAUGCCUUUAGCGGCGGCCCACAUGCAGCCUACAGUCUGGCGCAGGCCCUCUUUGUGGUGGGGCAUGUCGCACUCAAACAGAUUGUGUACUUGGAGCUCGUGGAGCGAGAGUGCAAGCGGCGCAAGGCUCAGAAGGAGGCUGGCACGGACGGUAAGCCGGCAUCCGAGCUCGACCAGGUGGCCGAGCAGGCUGAAGACGACUUGGGCGAGCUGUUCGGGUUUAUCCGAGACCGCGAGCUGCUGUAUGGCCCCCAGAGUCUGCUCGCGCUGUACGGCCCGUUGGUCACGCACUUGUGCUCGACAAUGCGUCAGCAGAGUUAUGCGCCGCUGCGCCGCGCCGCGGCUCUUACGCUGUGUAAAUUUAUGUGUAUUUCAAGUGAGUACUGCGAGGCGAACCUCGGGCUGCUAUUGCACCUGUUGCGCGCGUCGGAGGACGAGGUCGUGCGUGCGAACGCAGUGAUUGGACUCGGUGACGUGGCUGUGUGCUUCGGCACGCUGGUGGACGAGAACAGUGAACGGCUGUACGCGGGCCUCGGAGAUCCGGAUCUAGGUGUCAAGAAGAACACGCUCAUGGUUCUUACACACCUGAUUCUGAACGGUAUGAUCAAGGUCAAGGGGCAGCUCGGUGAGUUGGCCAAGUGUCUUGAGGAUGAGGAGCCGCGCGUAAGCGAUCUUGCCAAGCUAUUCUUUAGCGAGCUCGCCAUGAAAGAGAACGCCGUGUACAACAACUUGCCAGAUAUCAUCAGUCACUUGUCCAGCGGCGCGCACGCCGUGGACGAAGCAACGUUUGUGAAUACGAUGCGCUUCAUCUUUACGUUCAUCGACAAGGAGCGGCAAGCAGAGAACGUUAUCGAAAAGCUAUGUCAGCGCUUCCGUCUUACGUCCGAGGAGCGGCAGUGGCGCGAUAUUGCGUACUGCCUCUCACUCCUCCCGUACCGCUCAGAGCGCUCGAUCAAAAAGCUGCUGGACGGCCUGCCAUACUAUCAGGACAAACUAUAUGUGCCAGACGUGCACCAGCGGUUCUCUGAGAUCCUCGCCAAAAUGCACCAGGGAAAGGCAGGCGCCCUGGCAAAGACGGGCGAAACGGACCUCCGCGAGUUGGAGGACGUCCUUGCACAGGCCGCCGAGCCUCGUGCUGAACCACACGAGGAAGAGGCGCAGCCAGAGGUCCAGCUGGACGCUCAAGAGGCAGACGCGGAGGCCCAUCAAGCCUGA